CUUGACUCUUUAGUCUUGACGUGUAUUUCUUCGCAGAUAAAGCAAAAAGGUUGAAAGUCAAACAACCGACAUAACUACAGUUCAAAAUUAUCGAGAGCGUUAUAUGUCCAUAAUAUAAUGUAUUAUAAUCUACUUGGUAAGUUUGUAUCAUUAUUGUGCUAUAAGUAUAAUUGUUAUGUUUACAUAUAUUGGACAUAUUGCGGUACAAGACUAUAAACAACGGUUGAGAGUUAGAAUAACAGAGCAAAAGUGAAACAAUAAUACAUAACACAAAGUGGUAUCUAUAUUGGUAUUUCUACUAUAUACAUUCCUACUAUAUAUAUUACUGCAUGUACGGUCACUAUAGAGGACUGCAAGGCAUUCAGCAUGGUUGUGCAGAAUAACUUCUCUUGGUCUUUGUCAAGGGUGGGUAUAGUAGGAAAGUAGUUCGCUACUGUAGUGAAUUACAAUUUUCAAGUAUAUUAUGCUGAGUAUAGUUUUUGACUACUUUUUUAAAACAGCAUAGUUGUAGCUGUCAGUGGCGAACAUGACAUUUUUUCAGUAGCGAAGUGGUUGAUUAUUUUUCAACCAACAACCGCUUUUCAAAUUUUUCAUUAAUUUAUUGGAAGCGUACAAACAGGAUAUGGUAUCACGGCAAAUCUCAUACCGGCAGGGGCGUAGCUAGAGGGAGGUGUGGGAUGUGGGGUGUGGAACAACCCCAUUCUUAACAAAUUCGGCAAAUGUCCGCUAGACUCGGCAAAUUGCUUUCUGAUUUAUCGGGAAAUUGUUUCGUGAUGAGCGAAAAUAUUUAAGUGGUUCGGAAUAAAAAGUAAUAGUUAUAUAAAAAAUGUUACUAAAUUUACGAAAAAUUACGGAAAAAUUAAAGGUAACAAAUAACGAUAUGUCCGGAAAAACUGUUCGUAUCUCGGGAGAAAAAUACGAUAUCUCUGGAAAAAUUUUUUGUAUUUUCGGACUAGAUAGAUAGAUAGAUUGAUUGAUAGUUUUAUUAAAUGAUUAACUUUGCAGCCCAAGGGCUGAAUUGUGUUAACUAUUACAAAAAUAAGCCCCAAUCGCUAUUACAUGGUGUACUAGACUAAUAAAUACUUUAAAUUUAAUUAUAUCUUAAAAUUUUAAUGAUAGAUUCUAUUUCAUGGAAAAGUUUGUCAGUAAAUCUUUGUCUUCGUGUACUUAAUUGCUGAAGGCCGGCAACACUAAGUGCCUCAUCAUAUGCCUCACCUUUAUCUUCACAGGAAGCCUUAGCUCUGAUAAGGGUUAGAACGUCUACCUCUACCAGGUAUUUUUUUAAAGCCAGCCCUUGAUUUUGUUUUAAUUGAUACUUUAGGAAACUCAGAACGAGUUAGGGGUUGGAUUUCAAUGGUCGCAUGAUCUGAAAGACCAAAUGGCGACAGUUUCUUCGGUUUUUGGUAGUAACUACCUAUAUUCGUUAAGAUUAGAUCCAAUAUGUUUUGACCUCUGGUGGGGAAUUUAACCGAUUGUUUAAGUUUAAAACUGUUUUGAAGUCUGGACGUUUUCAGUUUGUUGAAGUCGCCAAGAAUUAUAGUUCCACUACUCGGGAAUCGAGUUUCGAUGUUAACAAGGUAAUCGUACAAAUAAUUUGACAUCAUUGAAUUAUCGGCUUUAGGUGGAUGGUAAACAAUACUUAGGAUAAUGUUAGAUAUUCCUCUCGGAAGGCGCGGUGGAUUUAGUAUUAGCCAGAUUACUUCCAAAUUUUCAUUCGAUAGAUCUUCCAGGAUUUUAAAUCGAAUUGUUUUCUGAAUAUACGCACAGACGCCGCCAUGAAGACCUUCUGCUCUAUCUCGUCUUACUAAGGUGUAAUUGCUGAUACUAACUAUAUUGUCAUGGAUGUGGUCACGAAGCCAAGAUUCCGUUAUACAAAUAAUAUCUGGGUUGGUUGUGGUCGCUACAUUACGAACCUCGUCGAUUUUUGGGACCAGUGACAUAACGUUUGAUAAGAUGAUAGAUGGGACAAAGACGUUGGGUGAGCCAGUUUUCGGUAACUUGGAGGAGGGAGUAAUUGGGAUAUGUGGGGAGAAGUUUUCCAGCUUCAGUGAACUGGAGGUCUUGUCGAUAGAGACAGAAGUGAUGGGAGUCUUGUCGGGUCUAGGGGUUUUGGUACAGGUGGUACUAGAAAAUUGUGAUGGAACUGUGGUGGGUACUGGAACUGUAAAAUCGGGAAGGGGCAUGGGCGUACGGGAAGGAAAAAUUAGGGGGCGGAAAGAAAUUUGCCCGACUUUUUCGGAUUGUGCCCGAGUUGUCAAAAAAAAUUUUCCGGAGAAACUUUCCAAAAUUGUUGUCGACGAGUGGGGGGGAGGAGUGAUUACGAAAAAUUCCUAUUAGAUAGCAUAUGUCCCACAAAAUUGACAGAAUUUCGCACAAAAUUGACAGAAUUUGUCCCAUUUAUUUUUAUAAUAAGCCAAUAUUGCCCGUCUGUGAAGCGAAUAUUGCCCGACUGGCUUUGUUUGCCCAACAAACUGGGGGGACUGCCCCCCCCCCCCCGCCCGGUACGCCGCAUGGGAAGGGGGUAUGAAACAUCGAAUGAUGGAACGGGGGAAAAUAGUUCGGAUUGGGGGGGGGGGGGAAAGGAAAUUGGUUCCCAUGGAGAUGUGGCAUUUUGGAGGGGGGAGGCCUUUUUUCUUUGGGAGGAUUUUUCUGAAAUUCCGAUUCCUAUGCGGUAGGCAGGACAUUCUUAUGCGAGAAGUCACAUCUAGAGCCCUUCAAACAAUAGCCUUGCCUUUUCAAAAAAGGGCACGGUACCAUGGCUUUAUUUUUUUUAAAGUUGGAGGUUCUAACUUUUCUCGUAUUGUUUAGAGGCCCAAGGUGGUCUGAAGAAUAAACAGGGGUAUCGUUUGGUGGUGCAACUUUAGGUUCAACAUUCUGCGAUGUAGGGGUUGGAGUGGUUGGACAGCCAUGUUUAAGUUUAUUAAGUUCAGUAGAAACUGCUGAUUGGGAUUUAUUUUCUAGUUUAUUGUGGGUGAUGUUAAUAUUUUCACUGGGAUUAAUUAAAAUAAUAGAUUCAUUCUUUGGGAAAAUUUUUUCCUCCAAUUUAGCUACGCGUGAUUCCAAAUGCAAAUUAAUGACAUCGGUCAAUUUACAUAUUUCCUCUUUGUUUUCAUCGAUGAUUUGGGUCUGCUCUGUAAUUUUAUUUAUCAAAGAUGCCAAUGUGAACUCGAUAUUUUCCUUUAACUUAUUAAACUGUUCCUCUAUAGAAGCCACACUAUCUACAGUUCGCAACCUGAAAGGGGUUGAACUGUCGAUAGAUUGCGGAAAGGAUAUUUUGCCGUUUUGUGGGAACGCAUUUUGAUGAUCUAUCAAUAAAACCUUGUAGUUCUUCCAGUGUUGAGCAGCCAGAAGUGUUCGUCUGCGUAGAUUCUUUCGCUGUACUCAUUUUAAUAAGUAGAUUUUCUAAGCUAUCUCCCACUUUACCUUUAAAAGACAGCAUGCCCAAGUCAGAGUUCCACGUGAGAAUUAAGUCAGUGUUAGAGCUCGUAAAUUUCGAAUUCUUGUAUUUGCCACCACUCGACAACCACUUGCCAGAUUGACAAAUAACACAUUUUAUAAAUAUCUUCAAGAUUUCGAAAGAAUCUACCCACUUGAUCCGCUUACCAUCAUAGAUAAAGCACUUCUCUUCUUUAUAACGAGUCAUUUCAACCAGAUCCCAGUCGAAAGGGUUAAUUUGGGAACAAUUAACAAAGCUACUCAAGACUGGACCAUCCGCAUUUUGCUGUCUAAUAUACAAAACGACUAAUUAUGAUAUGACCGGAAAAUGUUUUGUUUGUCCUGAAAAAAAAUUUUAUGUCUGGAAAAAAUUUUCGCCAACAUUUUUUGGGGAAAAAUAUUAAUUAGCGACUGAAAUAUUAUCGGCAAAUUAGAUACUACCCGCCCCCCUUUCUUUAUCCUCUUAGCUACGCCCCUGCAUGCCGGCACUACAUACCAAAGCGUGCAAAUUUUUUGUUCUCUUAAGUCGUGUUUACACUACAAGCCUUGGCCUAGGCUUGGCCAGGCCAAGGUAAAUGUGGCGCGUUUACACCAUUAUACUAUUUUUUUGAGAUUGGCUCAUUUUGGCCUAGAAUUUUGUAAUUAAUUUUGUGUAUUUUUAUGUGUUGUGACGUUGUCCGCUGGUUGUCGGCUUAUCUCUUACUAUGGACACACGUUGCCAUGAAAAUGAGGCUCAGACCAGGGCCGAAAGUGUUUACAUUCCCACAAGCCUAGGCCAGGCCUAGGCCACCGGUUGUAGUGGGCCCAGAAUUCCUAGCCUAGGUCAGGCCAAGGCCAGGCCAAAGUCUGUUUACACUGUCAAAAUGUAGGCCAAGGCCAGGCCAAGGCUGGUAGUGUAAACACGACUUUAGUCAACCACCUAGUUACAUUGCCAGUGCUUAAUUAUAGCCUCCUAAUCUCGUUGUAACAGUAUAAUGAUAACAGGCUAACAGUUAGCCUCGUCACAUUUUGUUGGUUUCCACGUGGGGCGUCAAACCAUUAAAAUUAUUUACAAGAAAAUGUACAGAAAUUAGGUGUGACCCGUGUAUUAUAUUAUAUUCCAGUGUGGUUGCACGAUGAUCAUUUUGUUUAAUCUCUUUCUCGCCACAGGCCAUACGCGUCGAUCCUGAGCGAUCGACGGCUAUAAAUUUCAUACCUUCGGUUCAGUGCAUGCUAUGAAGACAGAAAUACCACCAAUCGAUUCAGAAAUAAAAGAUAGACUAGUUCCAAACGAUAGUUAUAGUCAUUAUUAACAUUGUAACGAUUUACGGGCCUUUGAAAGUCAAACACGAUAAUAUUGUAUCAAAUUACGCAAUUGUCUGAACAAAAUAUUACGAUGGCCGAGAAGGGCCAUGACUGUAAACACUCGCCGUUUUUUUACCAUUACACUCGUCGUUUUUUUCCCUUCAAAAUUACACUCGCCGUUUUUUUCUUCAGCAUUACACGCGGCGUUUUUUUCAGUUAUGAUGCAAUAAUUACACGCGACGUUUUUUCAAUGCAAUAUUUAUACACGCGACGUUUUUUCAAUGCAAUAAUUACACGCGACGUUUUUCCCAAAAAUUACACUCGCCGUUUUUUUAGAGUUACGUUUUAAACUGAGGGUUUCACUUCGGACGAAGAUGGGAGCAAUCAUUUAAGGUUAUGUGUGUUUCAUCAGAACUAAAACUCAUGUAAAUACAGUACACAUGUGGCCAGACAUCAAGUUUGCAUAUCACGCUGAAAUAUGGCUUCUGCAGUAAACAGUAAAUUAUUGAUUACGCGAUGCUGUAAAUCCCAAAAUCCGAGAAUAUGGUAGGUCGUUUGUAGCUUGCUUCAGUCGCUGGCUAUAAAUCAAGUCUGUACGUCGAAGUAUUUAGCGUAAUUUUGCCACUUGGUUUUAGUUAGUGACCAUUAACUAACUAGGAUACCGCACUGUCUAUAGCCACUAGAAACAAACGAAAAUGCAGAAUAGGAAGUAACUUACACCAGGCAAACACUACACGAUAUACCGUGUUCUGCAACCAGCAAUCGAGGCAAACUGCAAACGACUACCAAUAAUCUCUGAUUUUGCGAUUUGAAGCAUCGCGUAAUAGAUUCAACUGUUUACUAUCGAACCCAUAUUUCAACGGGUUAUGUAUUAAAUCGGAUAUACAAAGUUAGUAAGGCCAUGAAAUUUCACUUUCAGUCGGUUAUGAAUCAAUGAUUAAUGCAUUGUUUUCAAAACACACAAAGCUUCUGUUUAUAUAGUUUGGAAAACACAAAAGAAACCAAUGCAUUACAGUAUAUAUUCAUAAUUAACUGACUGAAAAGUGAAAUUUUCUACUCAUGUAUUUACAUGAUUUUUAGUUUUGAUGAAACACACAUAACCUUAAAUGAUUGCUCCCAUCUUCGUCCGAAGUGAAACCCUCAGUUUAAAACGUAACUCUAAAAAAACGGCGAGUGUAAUUUUUGGAAAAAACGUCGCGUGUAAUUAUUGCAUUGAAAAAACGUCGCGUGUAAUUAUUGCAUUGAAAAAACGUCGCGUGUAAUAUUGCAUUGAAAAAACGUCGCGUGUAAUAUUGCAUUGAAAAAACGUCGCGUGUAAUUAUUGCAUCAUAACUGAAAAAAACGUCGCGUGUAAUUCUGAAGAAAAAAACGGCGAGUGUAAUUUUGAAGGGAAAAAAACGACGAGUGUAAUGGUAAAAAAAACGGCGAGUGUUUACAGUCAUGGCCCUUCUCGGCCAUCGUAAAAUAUAGACUAGCCAUACCUUUCGCUGAAAAUAACUUCGGCCCCUUCGCACAUAUCGUCUUUGUAAUAGUCUUGUUCGAAUCCCCAUCAAAAACACUAUUUAGAGUGUUAUUUGCAAGGCUGCAAGCCUGUAUCUUCAAAUCUGUAUCUUUUAUCAGUAUAUUUCCAUUUCUUGUCCGACUGUGAGCUCGAAGUGAGUUAAUCCCAACCGGAAAUACGUCUGAAAACCGUCAAAACAAUGCGACGUUUGUAUCAUAUGACCCUGGAAAGGCCAGAAAUGGAUUCGCAAGGUCAAAUUGCACCUACACGCGUGAGUUUGACGUCAUACCGGCCAACAGGAGCUUCUUAUUGGCCAAUUAUUGCGCAAUGUUCGCAAGUGCGAGUAAAACCCGAUAUCUUGAAAAAUUCAAAAUAAAUAUUUCUAGUCGGCGUAUACAUACGAAACUUUCUACACGAAAGCGCUUGGAUACAAAGAGUAUUUUACACAUAUAGCCGUUCAGAAAAUGACGAAAAGUUCAAGAGAUAUUCAAGAUAUUGUAGAUAUAAAAUCUAGAAUCUUUGGCCAAGCGGUGAGUAAAUAUAUGAUGGUUUCGGUUUGUGUAAUGCUCUGACGGCACUUGACCCCCCGUUCGAAAGGUUAUUUUAUUAGGAUUUCAAUGGUGGCUUUUAUUUACAAGGGGGGUAAAUACUCGCCGAGAUAUUUAUAUUAGAAAAAUUGUGUCGUAAUCUGAUGCGAAAGGGAAACCGGCUUAAAUCCACGUAUUUCCGGGUGUAUUCGUGUAUCAAAAUAAAAAGUUCGUCGCGAGUCAACUUUUUGGCGUACUACAGAAGUAUUAACCAAUCAACAUUCACUAAAUUUUGAAAUUUAAAAACGUUUUUUAUACGUUUCGGUACGGUACGCUUGAAGUGGAAAAAUGGCUUUACUCAUUUCUAAAUUUAUGUUCGUAACUUUUAGUUCAAACAAUAGGCCUGAGUAAUUGGUAAUUUUUGGCUCGGUUAAAAUUCUUAAAGGAGUAAAUAGACUCGGCUGGUUUAACAUUAAUCGGAAGACUAUUCCAGAGUUUAGCUCCACUAUACUUGAAACUUUAUUUAAUUUAAUUAAUUUCAGAAAUUCUCUUCUCGGUUUUGGAGGCUAAACCAGAAUGGACAUUUCGGAGCUCAUAGUUAGUUUGCAUAGCAUUUCUCCUUAUUAAUGUUAAUUUCUUUUAAAGACUCACAGUCAAUCGUGAUGCUUUGCGCGCUAAAAUGUUUUGAUUGUUUUGUAUUCCGCCAUUAUUUAAUAGAUAAUUACUGAGGCCAACGGCAUCGAGGGGCAAUUCACUCCAAAAAUCCCGUACACUUCGUCAAAAAAUCCGGAAAAAAUCCAUAAAAAAUCCAUAAAAUCCUCAAAAUCCGUUGAAUCCACCAAAAUCCAAAAAAUCCUUUAAAAACCACAGAAAUCCUUAAAAAAUCCACAGAAAUCCUUCAAAAUCCUUAAAAAAUCCACAAAUCCACAAAAAAUAUAUGAAGUACUUGGUGUAAUUUACUCGUAAAGGUUCUUUGCCACGUUCAAAAUGGCGGACAGCGAAAGCUAAACGCUUACCGUGAUCUGCUGUCAUUAUAUUUCGUAAUUAUUGGACCACUCUACAUUUCCAUUUAUACGCUCGAGUACGCUAAGUUUUUUUAGCCUAUUACUACUAAAUAUGUGUUCUUGUUACAAUGACGUUAUGUUGUAAAAUAUAAUUACAAAACCAAAAGUUAUUCACCAUUGUCUUUUACUGUUUUUGAAAGAAUAAUGAACUUGUUUGAAUUUUAAACAAAAUGACUGCAUGCCCAGCCUUCGUUAGAUUCAGAAGGCUGUGGCCUGUGGUCCUAGUCCCAGUCCUCUGCUCGACCCUGACGUCCUGGCAUAACGUUGACAUCGUACAACUUAAGAUUAUUUGUUCAAAACGUUACCUAGCUCUAUAACUCUAUAAUUAAAAAAAAUCCAGAAAAAAUCCGAACAAAUCCGGAAAAUCCAAACAAAUCCAGAAAAUCCAACAGAUUUUCAAAAAUCCGGAAAAAUCCGAACAAAUCCGGAAAAUCCAGCAAAUUUUCUCUUCAAAAAUCCGCUAAAAAAUCCGGGAAAAAUCCGCUAAAUACGCUAAAAAAUCCGCGGAUUUUUAAAAAUCCGAAAAUGCCGUACGCUUUUUUGGAGUGAAAUGCCCCUCGAACGGCAUUAUUCGAUCGGCCGAAGCUGGCUGCAAUAUAUCGAAUAAUGCCGUUUGGCCGAAGUAAUUAUCUAUUAUAAUUACUGACCCGAAUCAAAAGUAAUUAUUUUCGGCUGGAAGACUACGUUGCUGCUUGUUGGGACCGUAUGGCAAUGAAUCUAUCCAACGUUACACUAGACAUUUGUGAGGACAUGCAUGCAUGUAAUGCAUCGUGAUAGAACAGAUUUCAGUUUAAUUAAUCGCCCUAAAUUAAAAUCUCCACAAGCGGAGGUCAAUUAUAGUGUUCUAGUUUACAUAUUAUCAUUAAUGAUAAGGUUAAUUCAAAGAGGGUAUUAAACUGGAUAAACACGGGAAUAGAACUUAUGGUGUGUUCUGCACAUGCGUAUAUCUAGGAUAAAAUCCCACAAGCGCAAACGAAACUAUUUCUCUAUAAAGUUGAGCUGAAAGGACUCACAGCGACCGUUUUGGCAGUGCUUCAGGCGCCCGAUGAUGUUGUAUGAGGGGCCUUUAGCACUGUCAACUGACUCAACUUCUCAUCUUGAGAUGUUCACGUUAUAUCGCGUGUACUUGUCAGGAUGACGAAGGAUUGCGAAUAAUGUCUGUGUGCACUGAUACACGCUGCAUUAUUUUUAAUAAUGCUGUGUGCAUGCUGCAUUAUUUUUAAUAAUGCUGUAUGCUAUUUUAGCCCGUAUAAACAUUUACCCCUGGGAAUUUCCCUACAAUCAAAAAAGACCGCUCCCGUUUUUCAGAAGAACGCUAAAACUUCUCGACAUUCAUAGCCUGCGUGCAGGCCCAAGGGAACUGAUAGUGGGCCUGCAACCAUCGGCCGGUAUUUUGUAAAACGCCCCUUUUCAUAACACGCCCCAUCCGAAGCGUAUUCUUAUCAGACUCAUCAAUCUGCAUUAUUCUUAGACGAUGUCAUAGGAAUCAGGAUUUCAUCAAAACACCAGCGGGUAAAUGUAUUAAAGUUUUUUUGUUUAUAAUAAAACUUAUAUAAUUUUUAAUUUUAUCUUUAAUGCAUAUCAUUUUUAGUGUAUGACUGUUUUCGAAGACAACACUAUUUUUAGCUCCCCGUAUUAUGUAAACAUUCACAUAGCGCGCGAAGCACCAUGGUUGACUGUGAUUCUUUAAGUUUGGUCCAGUGUCAUGAUUAUUCAGGACCUUGUACAACAAUAUUGAUUUGGUUGUACGUCGUCUUGUCUCUAGUAUCCCAUGCAAGCAAGGGAUCGAAGAACAUCAACAGAUCUGCAUGCAGUCUCGCUGCCCGGUUUUGAAAUUUUUGAAGUUUAUCUUUAUAAGCGUUUUGUUACAAACUCCCCAUAAGGGAGAACAGUAAUCGAAGUAAGGCUGUAUCAGCGAGCGAUAAAUUGUUUGCAAGGUGUUUGCAAGAAGAUACGGCUUAAUUGACUUUUCCAUUGUUCCUAUGCCUGCCCCAACCUUUAAACAAAUCAUUUCAAUAAGUUCAUUCCAAUUAAGAGCUUUUGCUGGAAUAUUGUCGAGGCCUGUCGAUACUUAAAUUUAAGAGUGCGUACUGGUGAAUUACUUCAUCUAGACGAAUGUCGGGGAAAAUGUUUUGAACUACAAUUUUCACUAUCGUGGGUAUAAAAGUUUCACUAUUGGGUAAAAGUUUCACUAUUGGAGCUUAAUUUUGCUCCAAUAUUUACAAAAAAGUCAUUAAAGCCUCUGCUAUCAAAGUAUCACUGAGAUAGUAACGUCAUCACUUUCCAGUUGCGAAUUGAAACGUUGUUUGAUUUGAUUUUUGUCUGUGUUGGUGCUAUGUAUUCAGGUGAAUAUGUUAUGUGAAUUUGAUUUUGUUAUUUCCCCCCAAAAGGUUGCAUUGUUAUAUAAUUAGUUUCCAACUCUGUCUCGGUUCUUUAGAUUGAGCCUAUACUAUCCUCAAUUAGUCAAUUUUAUUGCAGAAAUAGUUUCUUUUGCCAGUUUUGGCCUUCCUUAUUUCUGAAUUAACUUUGCUGCGUAUAUAGUAUAAACGUUGCAGAAACCAAGUAAAUCGCGUAAUUAAGGAAGCAAAAGCCAGCCACUAUGCGUUAAUCAUGAAAAUUAUAGAAAAUAGUAAUAAUGCCAAAGAUUGCUGGAAAGUUAUAAACGAACUUCUAAACAAAUGCACGCGAAUUAGUAUAGGUAUAAUCAUGCGAUGGUGAGUACAAUAAGGGAUUAAUAGUACGAGUGAUGUUUGGAAAUUUUGGCAAAAUUGGACGAGCCGCCGGGGCGAAUCCAAUUUGGCUAAUUUCCAAACAUCACGAGUACUAUUAAUCCCUAAUUGUACGAGCAACAUCUUGUUUAUUAUUAGCAUGACAAAAUUGGAUGCGUACUUCUCAAUGUCAACAUCAUAUUCUCUCGCCAAAGCCCAGUUCUGCCAGACAUUCAACCAAAAUUUGAUGCCUUUGUUUGUAUUUUUAUUUAGUUCUUUUUCAAGCAAAAUUUGGUGCUUUUGUUCGUAUUUUCAUCUAGUUCCUUCACGGCAAUUUCAUUUCACAUCUGUGUUUAAAAUACCUUUCCGCCAUUUUGUUUGUUUUGGGAAAAUCAUAAGUUGUACUGCAGUACAACUGCAGUAUAAUUAAUGAAAUAAACUAAAUAAUUGUACUCCUCUCAACCAAUCAGCAUCCAGUAAUUUUGUCAUGCUAAUAAUAAAUGAGGUUAGUGUUAGUGUUAGGGCUCAACAUGUGUCGCGAAUUUAUUGUAUUGAUAAUUUCGGACGUGUUUAACAAUUUACUCAUGCAUAGAGUAAAUUCACUAGUGGAGCUCAUUCCAUUUCAGCUUUCCAUUUUUUUGUUAUAUAAUCAGACAAUCUUCAUUAUGGACUUCGUCGCUGCUUUGGAAUCUAUUGGAAUCACUGGGAUCUUCUGCCGAAUUUAGAAUGUUUGUUACAGAACAUUCAAGCACUCAUUAAUAAUUCAUAAGCUUAUUGGCAAAUCAUGUUAACCAUAAAAUGUCAUGUGCAGUGGCUUUAAACCUGAUAAAACACUCCUAAUUAGUAUUCUUUAUAUAAAGAAUACUAAUAAGGCAGUAAAUCUAUUGAAUUUGUAGUCGUGUUUGAAGCCGUUCAAUAAACUCGCAGGUCGUGUUUUAUUUGGUCUAAAGCCACUCGCGCUGCGCGCUCGUGGCUUUAAACCUAAUAAAACACUCCUGCUCGUUUAUUAAACAGUACAUAGUUUACAUCAUCAUUCUAUCGCCAUUCGCCAUUGCAUGGCAUUGCGUAUAGACUAUAGUAGUUCGGUUUUCUUGGCUCGUUUUAAUCGAUUUCCUUCUAGUUUCCAAAAUUUUCGUUCUUAAUUUCAAACACUUGUACUAUAGUAUUUUGGUAUAAGGCUGGGUAUAUGCAGCCAAUAAAUUUGUACAUGUAGGUAGGUUAAAUUUCACGCAGCUCACAAAUGCAUGUGCUUUUUCAUAGGCAUAUAUAGCUGUUGUCAUGAGUGAUUCUUUUUAAAUCGACUAAACAAUUAUUAUUUUACUAACGUUUUUCGAGCUAUAUUAGUCUAGCCACGUACAAUAGCGCGGUCGUAUUGAAACGUCGAGGUUGCCAAAGGCAAAGCAAACUAAGACAGAUAGUACAUAGUUUUUGUUUCGUUCCCCGCAGGAACGAAACGGUACUGUCACAGAAUAAGGCACACAGAAGGGCCACUUACGUCGGAAGCUUUGAAGUUUAUAAUAAUAAUAAUAAUAAUAAUAAUAAUAGUUUAUUAGGACUCUCUUGCAGUUACAGAAACAACUGAAUUAACGAGUACUUUACAAUAGAUAAGAAUAUGUUAUAAAAUAGUACAUGGAUAUGCUUUAGAAUCUAGGCUAUUUACAAGAGUUAAAAUCAUUAGACAUUUACCAAAAUAGUAACUAGUGCAUGCAUAAUUAUUUACAAUUUUCAUAUAUAUUAAAAAAAUCUUAACAUAUUAAGAGUAUUUAAAUGUAAAAAAGGAUUGAGCUUUAAUUGUUCUGCAAUCAGUAACAUUAUUAAAUAGAUAAAAUCGAUCAGUGUUCUGUCUCAAAUUAAUGUCAUGGUCAGGAACAACAGGGAUUGGCAAUAAGGGAUGGUUUUCUCGCCUCAUUCUGACCAUGUAUUUCUGACAUAUUUGCACUCUUCUUGUGGUUAAAGUUGGUAGUUGUGCAAAAUUCAGGGCCUCCGCAUAUGACUCGCUCUCCGAGAAAAUUAUCUUUAGUGCUCGUUUUUGGACCGACUCAAUUUCCUUCGAUAGAUAAUCCGGAAUGUUUUGCCAAAUAGGGACGGCGUACUCAAGUACCGGUCUUACUGUGCACAGGUACACUUUCAGUAAAUUCUUUUGGUCAACCCCAGCUCUUCGCAGGACUCUUAAAGGGUAUAGUUUUUUGUUAGCCUUCUUAACAAUGUAUUCGAUAUGGGGAUUCCAUUUUAGGUCGCUACUCAAAAUGACACCCAAAGAUUUAUACGUUGUCACACGCUCAAUAAUAUUGUUACCAAUUUGGAUUGGUCGGAGUAAGAAAUUGGGGUUAUGUAGGAAGUUUAUAAGCAUUUCCUUACACUUCUUAGGAUUGAGCUUCAUGUUAUGUUCAUUAGCAAAUUCAUGUAUAUCAGAGACUGCAAAAUUAAGGAGGCUGAUAGAGUUCCUAGGAAUAAUCUCGAGGGCUGAAGUAUCAUCCACGAAUUUUGUACGGAGAUGCCAAUUAGCCAGUAAGCUAUUUGUCAUGACCAUAAAAAGUACCACUCCGAGUUUAGUCCCUUGGGGUAUUCCUCCCUUCAGAGUUUGCCAUUGAGAAAGGACACUACCAAUUCUAACCGCCUGCCUACGAUUGAAUAAAAAGGCUGAGAUCCAGGACAGCAAGGCAGGGUGAACCUGGAGCUUAUACAGUUCUUGUAUUAAAAUAGAGUGGUCAAUUAGGUCAAAACCUUUUGAGAAGUCUGCGAAGAAGAUACGAGCACCAGCUUCGCCCCCGUCCAAUGCCUCAUGAAUUGUUUGCAUCAUGUAGAGAAGGGCAUCUGUUGUUGAGUGCCCUUUGCGGGCAUAUUGGCGAGGGUCGAUUUUUCCUUCCAAGUCCUUUAAUAGCCUAGUGCAAGUAAAGCCUUCCAUAACUUUUGCCAUUGACGAGGAAAGCGAGAUUGGGCGGAGAUCAUUUUCAAUUGUUUGAGGAGAUGAUAUCUUCGGAACUGGAAUUACGAUAGAUGACUUAAGUGGUGAUGGGAUAUUCGCUUCUUUCAUUGACUGGUUGUAAAUAUUACGAAUGACUAGAGCCAGUUCAGGAGCAAACUCUUUCAGGAUUCUAUUCGGGAUAUUAUCAGGGCCAAUCCCCUUACUAAUUUGCAGUGAUGCUAAUGCUUUAAACACCUCACUUUCCAUAACCAAGAAUUCUUCCGGGAUUUGCAUAUAGGUGGAGUUGGUUGGCUCAGAGGGGCGAAGUGAUCUGUAAGACUAACAAAGAAGUCAUUCACUUUAUUAGCUAGGGAUUCUAUAUCCAUGUUGUUAUCAAGGAACUGAUGAUACCAUUCCUGUCGGAUAUUUUGACCUGAUAGUUUUUUAAUCUCUUUCCACCACUUUACAGGGUUAACUCUAUCAACAUCUGCUACCUUACUAUGAAAGUAAUUGGAUUUUGCUGACUGGAUCGCACGUUGAACCUUAUUCCUCCAAAAACUAUAGUCUUUAGAAUUUUUUCCUUGUUGUUGGAAUACACAUUGGCGUCUAGAAAUCCACAGUUUUAUCGUAUUAGUAAUCCACGGUCGAUCUGUCGGAUGCUUUUUAAUCAUUUUCUGUGGGAGAAAGGUAUUAACUGCUUGGUCAAGCUCUGACAUAAAGAGGUCAAAUUUAUCUUUGCUCGUACUCGCACUUAAUAUCGAUGACCAGUUUUUUUUGGUUAUCCAUCGUCCAAAGGCACACCACACAGAGUUCCGCAUGUCCCGGAUUCUAAUUUUGGUAAUAGUCUGUUUAGAUGAUAUUGCUAUAUUUGGUUUUGCUAAGAUCGCAUAGUGGUCAGACGAACCAACCUUUGGCAAUCUAGAUACUUCAAACAUCUUAGGUCUAUUUGUUAACAGCCAAUCCAAUACGGCAGAAUCUCUGGUUUUAAAAGAUAUAAGUUGUUUAAGAUGGUUCACCUGUGUGAUAUAUUUCAUUUUAAAACCUGUAGACGUGGGAUUAAAGUCACCUGUAAGUAAAACAAGAGCGUUAGGUUCCUUAAAGAGUAAUGAGUCAAGGUUAUUCUGCACAUGGUCUCUAAGGACAACAUUCUCAGGUUCUUUAUUGGAUGUUGAAUGAUAUAUUACUCCUAGAAUAAUGGAUGUAAGUUCUCUUGGGAGUUUAUGUGGUCUUAAUGAAAUCCAAAUUGAUUCUACAUCAGAUUGGUCACAUGAAUCCAAACGGUUACAAGGUAUUUUAUGAUCCAAAUAUACACAGACCCCACCACCAGAAGAACCUAUGCGAUCCCUACGAAAUAAGUUGAAUCCAGGGAUAGAUACGCAAUGAUCAGGAAUGUCAGGUGAUAGCCACGAUUCAGUAAUGCAAAUAACACUUGCAGAGUUUAGCUCUGCAAUUUGCUGGAGCUCGUCAAUUUUCUUUGGUAAUGAUCUAACAUUACUGGACAAUAUAGUCGGGAUAUCAUAGGAAUUUGGGGGAUUCUUACUUAGUAACAAGGGGAAUUGAGAUCAGGUUGUUAAUAUUUCGGGUUGUUAUUGAGAUCAGGUUGUUAAUAUUUCAGGUUGUUAAUAUUUCUGUCACGCUGGCCGCCAUCUUCCUAGCCAGUCGAUUACAUUUUCUGGCCAAUAAACGCGCUGUAUUGGCUGAAGGCACCGCCUUCUGGCCAGUCAACUGCAUAUUUUUGCAUAGAAAAAUGGCGACACGUUGCACCGCUGAGUGGCCCUUCUGGUACUGAUCUUUAUUCUGUGGUAGGCUACUGUAUUUGGUUUCGAGUAAUAUCACAGGAAAGUGACGUCAGAGAUCAAAGUUAUCCAAUCCUUUGCCAGUAUUCUUGCUGAAACGUCAAUUACAUUUAGAAUCGUCCAAUGAGAUGACCGCUCCUAGCAAAAGAAGUUUUUUGGAGGCGUGGCGUAUAAUCGGAAAUCUUAGUUAAUUAUAUGUCAACCUAUGAGAACAUGGUAAUUUAACCUGAAGUUCAGGCCCUAAUUUUAAAUAGGGCCUGACACAAAACCUGUCUAGACCGUGGGACGCUCACAUGUUAUUUUUAGACACAGCAUGCAAUAUGAUUGACAAGCAGAGGGUUUGACCUUUAUAUUAUUAUUGUCCCCUUGUGCCCUUGACCGAGCUAUUUUUAAAACUGUUGUUUAUGUGAACUUGCAACCAAUCAAAAUUUUAGGGCCUGAACUUCAGGUUAAAUCUGCAGGCACGAUGAAACAUUUUUGAAGUAUUCAAGCGCCAACAGCGGUAUAUAUUUAUUAUAUAGUUUUCUUUCUACGUACAGUAUGCAUGGCAGAUUGUUCCCAGGAGCAGACAAUCUUUUGUUUAAACGUUAUUUCAAUUUCGAAAGGUCUACUUUUUCUAAUAUAUGCACCCCAUCAAUAUUUCACGCACUACGGUUCAGCAUAUGUGCAAUUGAAAAGGCAUUCAAAUUUUAACAAUAUGGUUGAUUUCUAAAGGUCUUCUUUUUUUUAUACACCCUGUAUAAUAAAAGGCUUUAUUAUAUGGCAAGCAUCACUUCCGGUGAAAUGGUGAACUGUGAUUGGCCGAGGAGCACUUUCAGUGGUCCAUUACCUAAAAACAAACACAUUUAUUUUAAAACAAAGCAGCAAAACUAAUUGAAAAUUAUAGUUUAAUUAUAAUUCUGUAUAAAAAAGGGUACCCAGACAUUUUGCCGAAAGACACUUUGCCGAAAGACACUUUGCCGAAAGACAUUUUGCCGAACGGACAUUUUGGCGACGGACAUUUCGCCGAACGGACUUUUCGCCGAAAAGACAUUUUGCCGAACGGACAAUUUGCCGAAAAUAUAGAGAUAUCAUUAUUUCGUCAAAAUAUUAAACACUCACGUUUACCCAUAUUGUUUAUCAAAUUGUUUGGGACUGUGACUCAAUUGUCAUGUGAAUUCAUCAUUAGCAGUGCAUAACCAUAUCGAUAGUUUGUUUGUGCAGCAGAUGACUCGUCUGUUAGGAACGUGUUUUGACGUUAGGUCGUAAAAAAGGCGGCGGCGUAAGCAAAUUUCAUUUCGAGAAUCAUGGUCAUGGAUAUUUCUCUCAUUCUCUGUACAGACCGCGCGUUCGGUUAGUAAGAAGUUAUUAUUAAAUAAAACAGUUAAUGAUCUGAAAUGCUUUAAAAAACAAUUUGGUUGACUUUGCAUGGUUUACAAUUUUGGAUCUUCUGAUAAUAUCCAAUACCAAUUAUCAGAAUGGAUUAUUUCAAAGACGAUCUGAAGUAUCCGGACUUAUAAUAUUAUGGAUUUCUUUAUCAGGCCUCAUUAAAGAGUGAAAAAAAAUUUUGAAGAUGAAGUUUAAAAAGAAAUUCGAACGACAACAUUAACUCUAGAUUAUGUAGAUUUAUACUUUUAUUAUUAAAUAAUUUAUUGCAAAAAAGGCUCAAAAACCCCUGUAAAUAUGUUUAGUUAACUUCAUACCUUUAAACCGUAUUAUCUAUCUAUCUACGUAGUCUGUUUCGUAGUCUGUAUCGAUUUUAUCUAUCCAUCUAUUUAAUUAAUAUACAUAUAAUAUUCUCUUUUUUAUUCACUUUUCCACCAUCCUUUGUUUAGGGGUCAGUAUAAGUCAACAAUAAAAUGUCGGAAAAUCAACGAAUACCGAUGGCUGAAAUCAAAGAAAAUGAAGAACUGGUAACUGGGCAUGGGAAUGAAGUGAAAGAUAAAAGUCACCGAAAAGUAUCACAAAAGAACAGCUCAGCCAGUUCUGCCAGCGACGUCAGUUUCGUGAACCCACUGAUGAAGUAAGAGAAGACUGCAAAACUUAUUACAUUCCUCCCUUGACUUUGCCCCAAAUAUCUCAAAUAUCCAAAGAAUAUUAAUAAUGACAUUUUAAAAAUCGUAAAUAUAGUUUUCUCUAGGGGGGAGUUGCCCCCCGCCCGCUGUGUACGGCCCUGUUAUCAUCGAAAAUAAUUUACACUAAUUCUAGGCCGGUUAUAGGAUCCUGGGUGGGGCAAAUACCACCUUUAUGGAACUUACUGACUUAGAUAAUCUGGCAGUGCACAUUAUCCAUAAUGCUGAAUGGCUACAUUUUUAAAAUAAUAUUUUAAACCAAUUUAACGUUACAACUUUUUCAGUGCUGUUCGACGAGGCAAAUCUUUUAAAGCAUCAUUCUUAGAAAAAAUAAAAUUAGAUGAAAUGGAUAUGAUAGAAACGGACAAUCUUCAACGAAAUGUCUUUCAUUACGCUGUAUCGAAACCAGACACUUUAAGAAAGCUAUUGGAGAAUGCUGAAACAGUAAGACUAAGUUUUGUUAAUUAAUAUAGUUAGAUGAGACUAAUUCAGUUUGUCGUAUAAAAUCACUUACCCGGCAUGGUCCCGGAAAUUAUCCUGGUUUAAUCAAACAUUUAGGCUACAGAAAUUUAUAUUGAAAAUAUAAACUGAAAAUUUACGGAAAGUAUAAAAAUUGUAACAACACUUUGUUUCUACGAUUUGCAGUCCUGUGUUGGCACAAAAGAGAAAUUAUAACAACAGAGAAAUUUGAAAUUUGGUUUUCGUGCACUAUUGUUAUAUAUAUAUAUAUAUAUAUAUAUAUAUAUAUAUAUAUAUAUAUAUAUAUAUAUAUAUAUAUAUAUAUAUAUAUAUAUAUAUAUAUAUAUAACAAUAGUGCACGACUAAUAUAUAUAUAUAUAUAUAUAUAUAUAUAUAUAUAUAUAUAUUAUAUAUACCGGGUGUCCCAAAAAAAAGUACUCCUGUUUGAUUCGUAAUAACUUCUAAACAAGUACAGCUUUUAAAGAGAAAUAACUUGCAUUAAAUAGAGGAAGGACUAACUUAGAUUUUGAUAUAUUACAGCUGUAUUUUACUUAAAAAUUCACGGAGAUAUUAAUGUUCAAAAUCGGGAGCAUACUUUGGGAUGUGUCUAAAAUUAGCGAAAAUCGGCAUAUCAAAUAUUAACUCCAGCGUUUGUUUGCUUAAUGACAUAUCAGACUAACUUGUAUUUCAGCGAAUUAUCGCGUUACGGUUUGUAAGGGAUAUGGCGUAGAUUUAGACAUCUACCUGUACAUGUAAGUCUUAGCUCAUUGUUUCCUGAAAUAUGAACGUUUGAAAUUAUGCAAGUAUUUAAUAUUAGGUCUUUACAAACUUAAAAGUACAUGAAAGACUGACCAUGCCAUGGAAGGCAGGCGCUUAACUUUUUCUUAAAUAGCCCAAUUUUAUGUUUUUAAUGGGUUCAAACAGACUGAGUUUAUUAUUUCUCGGUUAGAGCAGGAUGAAUAUUAUUCUUUAUUGAAGGAAAUAAUAUUGCUUUUGCAAAUACACAUCACCGUAUCAACGCUACUAUUUUGUUACGUUUUGUUCCAAAAAUGUUGCAUGUCUCUGAGGAGUUACUUAAUUGUUAUGUCUUAUGGAGUUAUAUGGUUUGAUUGUGUUUCAUAUAAUUCUCAGUUUACUUUGAACUUGCCAAGAUUAAGAAAAGGCAAAAGAGUUCGGGUGUUCUUAACAAGAUUUCAGAACGUUGCAGAAGUUAGAAGAGCUUCACAGUUCCAUUGUGACAGCAUGCCCUAAUUCAGAACUACGAACGAUCCAUGACGAUCCUUCGCGAUGCAGUGGUCUCAUGAAAUAAGGAAACGUAUUCGUGCUAGGAACACACGCGAAUUUCGGACGAAUAAAUCUUGCUUGUAUUUUGUAGAUAUAAUAAUACUUUGUUUCAUAAUAAACAAUUUGUCAAGUGUCAUUUAUUUACUGGUAAUAGUGCAUGUUUCAGUCGGGCAAAUCUUGAUUAAUAUUUGAUACGCCGUUUUUUGCAUAUUUCAGACACAUCCAGAAAUAUGCUCCCGAUUUUAAAGAUUGAUAUCUCCGUGAAUUUUUAAGUGAAAUACAAUUGUAAUAUAUCAAAAUCUAAGUUAGUCCUUCCUCUAUUUAAUGCAAGUUAUUUCUCUUUAAAAGCUGUACUUGUUUAGAAGUUAUUACGAAUCAAACAGGAGUACUUUUUUUUGGGACACCCGGUAUAUAUAAAAUUUGGUUUUGUUGGUUAUAAAAACUUUUGGCAAAGUGCUCAAUGGAAAACCAUAUAUAUAUAUAUAUAUAUAUAUAUAUAUAUAUAUAUAUAUAUAUAUAUAUAUAUAUAUAUAUAUAUAUAUAUAUAUAUAUAUAUAUAUAUAUAUAUAUAUAUAUAUAUAUAUAUAUAUAUAUAUAUAUAAUUUAUUAUAUAUAUAUGAUCGUCCAUCGUUUUUCGAUGAUGACUGAGAUGUCAAUGGUUGUUCUUCCUCAUUCCCUACAUUUGUUCGCUCGUACAUGCGCCGCUCUACCUGCGUUCGAAAUAAAGCAGCGUCCGCACUUAUUACAUUGUAUGUUCGAUUCAUGAGUUCCAUGGCGUGAUUGUCGUCGUCGUUUAUACUCUUCCAUCCGACAUCCGACUUUCUUCGAUUCUGGUCACUGACUGCGUAACAAUUCCUUUCCAGACGACUCGAUCUUUGGCGUCUCUUUCCCAUGUGUUUACGUCACAUUCAAUUUUCUUCAGCUGCCUUUUCAUGACAUCUUUGUAGCGUUUUUUUGACCUCCCACGCUUCGUCUACCACCCGUAGUUCGCCGUACAAAAUAAUUUUCGGCAACCUGUUUUCUUCCAUUCUUACUACAUGUCCAGUCCAUCUCAAUUGCGUUUUUGUAAUCAAUGCCUCUACGCUGGGCAUUCCAGCUCUUCUCAAGACUUCCACGUUAAGGAUCUUAUCUGACCAUUGGAGCUUAAGCAUUUGCCUAAGAUGUCUUAAUUGGAAAUUGGUCAGUUUGUUGAAAUGUCGCCGGUAAAGGGUCAUCGUUUCCAUGGAGUACAACAAAGCGGGUGGUAUUUCACUGCUCUGAAGACUGCAAGUUUAGUUGUUAACUUGUUAAGGAGAUGUCAUGGCUAUCCCACAGUCUCUUCUUCAAUUGUUCAUAAGCUGCAGAUGCCAUUUGUAUGCGACGCGAAAUUUCUGUGUCGACUUUGUUGUCAUCCGAAACGUAGCUGCCAGGAUAUUUGAAUUUGUGCACCGUAUUCAGGACUUCGCCAUCUAUGGUCACAAUCGGUUGUGCGUUGUUCUCACUGUUUCGCUUAUUUGGACUCGGUUGAUAAAGCAAUUCUGUUUUAUGGUAUUGAUUUGCAGGGAUUAUUCUAAGGUGCAGUGAUAACCAAUUUGUGCAGUGAUAAAUGAGAUUUGUGCAGCAGUGAUAAAUUUGAUUAUGUGCAGUGAUAAAAUGCGAUAUUGUUCACUACCAGAAAUUGGCGACAAAAUGGCCACUGCUUGUAUACUAAUUUGCAUAAAAUCACAUACAAUAGCUUCAUUCAGUUUUUACUGGGAAUAUACAGGGUGUAAAUAUUUGAACUCAAAAUUAUUGCAAUAAAGCAUUCAUUUACUAAUGCAUUCAUUCAUUCAAUAAAGCAUUCAUUUACUAAUGUUUCGGUGGCAUAUUUAUUCCGAUCGGGUAUUUCUCCUAUUUUGUUUUGAGAUUUUUGACGCUGCGGUUUGGUGACACAAUCAACAGUGAAAGACUAGUAGGUCUUGAAGAGCAAUAUUGCUUUGUGUGUUUGCAUGCGAUUCAAAAAAUAUGUAAAAAUGUGUAUAUUUUUGCAUGAAAUACAAUAUGCAGAAUGCAGAUUUGGGCUCAUUAGCGGUGAUUUUGGCUCAUUUUCCUGUAUAUAAUUAGUGCAUGCAUGGGGUAACUUUAAGUUGCAGAACCAGCGUACAUUCACUAUAAUGCAGGGCAGUAAGCGUUUUCUAAAAUGUCGCUAAAUUUAUGUACAUUUUAUCAUUUUUCUCGCUUUUGUGCAGUGAUAAAAUUUCCUUAGAAUAAUCCCUCUUGAUUUGCAGUCCAAAGGCUUUGCUGAUUUCCGAGAAUCUAGAGGUUAUCUCUUGAAUAGCUUCUAACGAGUGCGCCAUCAUCACCGCGUCGUCCGCAUAGUGAAGAUCUCGAAAUAAUUCAGUUCGAACCUUGGUAAAUGCUUUUACUGAAGAGAGAGAUUAAACAACUUGCCGUCACUUCGGGUUCUGAUGUACACGCCUUCCUGCGUUACUUGAGCCAGUAGAUUUAAGAUUGCAGUCAGGAAUAACGUGAGAUACGUCGGAGGCGCAGGAUCACCUAGCCUACGGUGUAUAGACCCCAGCAGAAACACGUUUCGUGAGGGGUCUACGAAUAAACGAAGAAAAGCUUGCCCGGCCUACGUCAUAUCCGUUUUGCGUUUUGGGUAAAUUAACUUCAAUUUAUUCAAAUUUAUGACGUGUGCGCGCUUUAUAUUAAAAUGUUUCAUGGACCAUGGUGGGCUUUGCACAAUACAAAUGUGUUCUUUGCUUCAAAGUCCCAUCGAAUAAAAGCGAUAUUAAUUUAUUGGACAGCAAGGAGAACAUACGUAAGGAGUUAGACGACUUUUCCUGUCUUUCCUUCUCCAUUUUACUGUACCUGCAAAUUGCGCAUUUGUAAAGCCUGUCUGGCGUUAGUAAACAAACGGAGAAGCUUCAAAGAACGGUUAUCUGAACUAAACAAUACGCUAACCAACGUGCACAAAACAGCGUUAAACGCUAUUGGUAUACCGCUUAAAGUAAAGCGAAAUUUCGUGAGGAAACUGGGAUUCGAGCCGACCUUGCGAUUAAACUUUUACGCCGGCUACAUUUAGCGUGAAAUCGACAUUGUUUUCGACUGCAGAAAUUGGAUGCCUUGACAAGCUUCAAGUCUGUAACAGGUUUGUAUGAAUGACAAGAACUUUUUAGUCCGUUCGGACAUUUGUUUAAUAGUUUGGUAUGCAUAUAGUCAGGGUAUAUUUUAACACGAUUUGUUGUAAGUGCAUGUUUACUUCAAAAAAUUCUUAACCUGUUAGACUGUUGAAGCUUGUCAAGACAUCCAAUUUCUGCAGUCGAAGACAACGUUGAUUUCACGCUAAAUGUAGCGGGCAUAAAAGUUUUAUCGCAAGUUGGCUCGAAUCCCAGUUUCCUCACGACAUUUCGCUUUACUUUAAGCGGUAUACCAAUAGCGUUUAAUGCUGUUUCGUGCACGUUAGUUAUCGUAUUGUCUAGUUCACAUAACCGUUCUUCGAAGCUUCUCCGUUUGUUUAUCAACGCCAGACAGGCUUUACAAAUGUUAUUUGCAGGUAAAAUGGAGAAGGAAAGGUCGUCUAACUCCUUACGUAUGUUCUCCUUGCUGUCCAAGAAAUUAAUAUCGCUUUCAUUCGACGGGACGUUGAAGCAAAGAACACAUUUCUAUUGCACAAGCCCACCAUGGUCCAUGAAACAUUUUAAUAUAAAGCGCGCACACGUCAUAAAUUUGAAUAAAUUGAAGUUAAUUUACCCAAAACGCAAAACGGAUAUGACGUAGGCCGGGCAAGCUUUUCUUCGUUUAUUCGUAGACCCCUCACGAAACGUGUUUCUGCUGGGGUCUGCACCGUAGGCUAAGGAUCACCUUGUUUUAUCCCUUUCUUGAUCUCGAACUCCUCAGUGAUGAACCCUGAAACCGAAACCUUAGGCUUCAUGUUGAUAUGCAGAUAUUUCACGAUGUUGACGAACUUCCUUGGGCAUCCUAAAAUUUCUAGCACUUUCCAAAGCAUGUCCCUGGAGACCAUAUCAAAGGCCUUUUUAAAGUCAAUGAAUAUGACAUACAGAUCCUGACUCUGCUCUAUCGCCUUUUCUUGAACUUGUCGUAAGCUGAAGAUCAUAUCAUUCGUCGACCUGUCACCUCUGAAUUCGCUUUGGCUUUCAGGCAGGACUUUCUCGGACAGACGUUUGAGUCUGUUGAGGAUGAUUUUGCAAUACAUUUUUCCGGCUACGCAAAGCAAGGAGAUGCCUCGAUAAUUGUCACACAGAGUCUUAUCACCUUUCGUGAAGACUUUUCACAAUCAAAGCGUCCUUGAAGUCCUGUGGUGCUUUUUCUUCUUCCCAACAUAAUUUGAAUAAUAUGAACAGUUCUUCUUUGAAUACCUCUCCUAUGUUAUUCAAAGUUCUUCUUUGAAUACCUCUUCUAUAGUCGUGCGUGUAAUCUAUAUAUUUUUGCGUCAGUCGGUCAGUGUGUCGGUUUGGGUAUAUCUGGCCCUUGCGUUAAAACCUGCGCUACUUUCAAUAAGCGGAUGUUCACUCCAAUUAGAAAAUUCCAAUCAACGUAACAAAAGGCUAAAAAAUAGGCGAAAAUUGUACGGUGCGUGCGUGUUAUGUUUCCAUUCGGCUGCAUUAUCUUAUCUCUGUGGAAUAUAUUGUAUUGUUUCAAGAGCUAAUGCAUGUGUUUAAUUAAAGUCUAUUUGUAUAAUCAAGGCCACAAUCGGUUAAGCGCUCAUUCCAGUGAAGAACAGUGCUCCUUCAUGGACGCCUUAAACAACACGUACGUAACACCUCAGUGUGUGAUCAUGGCUAUGCAGUCACUGAUGUUAUCUAAUAUAUAUAUAUAUAUAUAUAUAUAUAUAUAUAUAUAUAUAUAUAUAUAUAUAUAUAUAUAUAUAUAUAUAUAUAUAUAUAUAUAUAUAUAUAUAUAUAUAUAUAUAUAUAUAUAUAUAUAUAUAUAUAUAUUAAGUUGUGUAAUUGUACACUCCGUAAUAUGUUAAGAUGAAAAUGUUCUAGAGUGUGUAUUAUAUAAUUUCCAUACCCAGCGCAAGCAGAAAGAUGUUGUCUGCCGCGGCUGGGUCUUGAACCCGCGACCUUCGAAUUACUAGAUCGACGCUCAACCAACUGAGUUACACGGUCAGACGGAUUUAAGACUGGAAAUUAUGAAAUUAACAUAACACUUGCAGAACUAGUAUUGUUCGAUGCUGAAUUAAUAUAAACGAGUAUGUUUAUGACAUUCAGUAUAUAUUUCAUAAUUUCCAGUCUUAAUUAAUUCGUCUGACCGUGUAGCUCUGUUGGUAGAGCGUCGAUCUAGUAAUUCGAAGGUCGCGGUUCAAGACCCAGCCGCGGCAGACAACAUCUUUCUGCUUGCGCUGGGUAUGGAAAUUAUAUAAUACACACUCUAGAACAUUUUCAUCUUAACAUAUUACGGAGUGUACAAUUACACAACUUAACAUAACACUUGCAGAACUAGUAUUGUUCGAUGCUGAAUAAAUAUAAACGAGUAUGCUUAUGACAUUCAGUAUAUAUUUCAUAAUUUCCAGUCUUAAAUCCGUCUGACCGUGUAGCUCAGUUGGUAGACCGUCGAUCUAGUAAUUCGAAGGUCGCGGGUUCAAGACCCAGCCGCGGCAGACAACAUCUUUCUGCUUGCACUGGGUAUGGAAAUUAUAUAAUACACACUCUAGAACAUUUUCAUCUUAAUAUAUAUAUAUAUAUAUAUAUAUAUAUAUAUAUAAGAUAUAUAUAUAUAUAUAUAUAUAUAUAUAUAUAUAUAUAUAUAUAUAUAUAUAUAUAUAAUAUAAAAUCUUAUCAUAUAUUUUUCGUCCAGAAAACAUCUGUUCAAGAGGCUCUAAAUCAAGCAGAUGAAGAAGGAGAAACUCCAAUUCAUCGUGCAGCUGUCAUUGCAAAUAUUGAGGUAUAAGCAGCGUAUUUAUACGCUCAAUUUAUAUUAAAUAUCUAAACUAUUUUCACUAUAAAAUAAGUUUUGCAUGGUGUUCCAUCUCUUCAAGUAGUAGCCUGUAUAGAUCAGCUUUUAAUUAUUUUCACAGCAUAAGGCUAAACGACAAAUCUCGACAAGUUUACCAGUGAUUGAUUUCUAUCAGUCAGUUGACAAUAGUAAUAAAUUUUUUACUCAUUUUCUACAGCCAUUUUCGUCCAAGCACAAACCGCAAACAUUUUCGCGCGUUUGUUUACGUUUGAAACGGGGCGUUUACCGUUGGAAACUGAAAUGUUUCACCGCUCAUGUGACGUGUCACAUUGAAAAGCCUUAAGCUAUUUUUGGCGCAACUGUCAUGUUUUGAUGUGCCUCCGUGCACGUUUCAAUAUGUCCAAGCCCAUGAUAAUACAUUUUAGUCACAAAAAGUAUGAAUAUAAACAAGUUUGGUCGCUCUUACAAUAUCGUGAGCUUGGAAAUACUGAAAAGUACACGAAAGCACAUCAAAACAUGAAAAAUAACUGAAUUAGGCUUUUCACUGUAACAUGUCGAAUGAGCAGUGAAACAUGUCCGUUUCCAACGGUAAACGCCCCGUUUCAAACGUAAACAAACGCGCGAAAAUGUUUGCGGUUUGUGCUUGGACGAAAAUGGCUGUAUUUAAUUUUUGUCCUACUGUGAAAUAUAGUACAUUUUUUAUUCUUAUUUAUUAUAUAAAGUAUAGUGCUUUAUAGAGAUUUCGAGCACUGAUAAAAGUGAUAAUCUCCCAUGUGAGAUUAUUCAUGAUAAUCUCACAUGUGAAAAUUAUUGCUUUUCAUUUAUCGCUUUUCGGCAAAAAUUAUCGCUUUUCAAAGACUGUCCUUUAUAUAAUAAACAGAUGCGCUCACUCGUGAGAUCUCAUGUUCAACACUCGAAAUAAAUCUGGUAUUUCCGCGCACCCACGGUAUUAUUCUCUAUAUAUAGAUUUCGUACUGAUUAAAAUCCUGUUUUUCAAAAGCCUAAAUAUGAUAUCAUAGUGCCUAUAUUUCCAACUAAAAGCUCAUGGGAGCAAAAUGUUUCUUAUUAUUUUCUAGUUUUUCAUGUAAUCUCUGAUGAGACAAUUAUAGUUGCAGCCAAUAAAUCGGUUUCUGAUUUUGCUUCAAAUUACAUAAAAAAUGUCUUCCAUGCACUCAUGACUAAAAAAUUCUCACAAAUGCAUGGCAACUAUUAUAUUGAAUAGAAGAUCGAUCAAGAAAUCCAUCCUUAUGCAGUUGCAGAUCCCAACCUUCACUUUGCAUAAUAUCUUUCUUUCCCAGUCAUUAGAAAUGCUUCAUGAAUAUGACAAUUCAUUAAUAAAGUUAAAAACGACGAUGGGAAAGAGAUCAGUCCUUCAUUCGGCUGUGAAAGGCAGAGCAGUGGUCGUUGUCAAGUUUGUUCUUAGUAAAGAUCCUGACUUGGUGAACACUGUGGACAGUAUGUUGCAAAGUCCUUUACAUUAUGCUGCCAGUCUAAAACAGUCCAAUGUUUUGGAAUGUUUAAUAUCUAAAGGAGGUGAUACAACAAUUAUGUAAGUUAUAUGGUAUAUACAUACCUGAACUUUAUUUGCUGUAUCUUGAUUGCCUGACACGUCUGAAGAAAUUAUUAAACUAUAUUUAUUUUGGUUAUAUCUGAAUCACUACUUAGACCCUAAUUAAUUCAAUCUUUGUACUAGAUAAACAUUUCAUCACGAUAUAUACAGUACAGUACUUGACCAAUAUACUGUAUACCGUAUUUUGGUAUACUCGGUGCUUAUACUGUCGCAAAAACCUCAAAUAUUUGACUAUUUCUUCUACACUGAUCACUACUUUAACGGGUUUUGCAAUGAAUAUCCACAAAUAAUUAUUGGGGCAACAGGUUUGUUAGGCCAUGAGUUCUCAUAUUUUUCCUAUAUCCAACUGAGUAUAAGUGAAUUACUUAAAUUUAUAGUCUGCGGAAUAUAACAAUGUCUUUGUUGCUCUUAUAGGGACGCGAAUGAUCAACUAGCACUCCAUAUAGCUGCAAGUAAAGGUUUAAAAAAUAACGUCACACUACUGUUAAGGGAAAAUCCAGAUUUUAUUAAUGUCAUCGAUAAAUCUCUUCGAUCAUCAUUAUUAUUGUCAGCUCAAAACAACUUCCCUACCACAGUCGCAUAUCUACUCUCUAAAAAUGCGGAUUGUGCGAUUCAAGAUAAACUUGAACUUACGGCAUUUGAUUGGGCUAUCUCAAGCGAUUCUCCAGAAGUUGUUCAGGUUUUCCUUGAUAAUAAAGUCUGGAAAGAGGUAAAAAUAAUACUUUUCUUUGCUUUCCUUCUUUGCAUGAUUUUUUCUUUUGUUUUCCUUUACGCGAAUCCAACCCCCCCCCCCACCCGCCUCCUCCCAUCACUGCAUCGCAAAGAACUCACUGGCCACGACUUAUUGGACGAAAUUCAGAUUCCUUUAAAUUUUUAGGUGGUAAGUGGGUCACAUCACGGCCCUGAAGGGUGUUUGAAACUAAUGAUUGAAACUAUGCCUGAAAUGGCGAAGAAGUUAUUAGACAAAUGUGAAACUACUGAAGGAUCUAAAGAAAGUCGUGAUUUUCAAGUCAUUUAUGAUUUCUUUUGCCUAGAAGAAAUAGGUA